GAAAUCUCAGUAACCGUGUUUUAGACACGUUGGUAGUUAACGCCACAAAUAAUGUCUUUCUAUUUUUCUGGCUAACGCUAGCUAGUUCAGCUACCUAGCCAGCUAGCCACAAAUUCUGUGGCGCUGACGUGUUGCCAGUAGUCUUCUCAUAUGUUUAAUAUAUCCACAAUUUCGUUAUCGGGGUCCUGAAAACGCUGGCGUAUUGAUGUCCAGCAUUUCGACAUGGACUCGCCCGAUUCUGUGAGACACAACGGGAGGCUGCGGAAACCGGCGGGUUCAGCGGAGGGGGGACCUGCGCGGUCGAAUCUGGAGACGGAGGAGACGACCUUGCUGCAUGACACGGACUCAGGCUCCGGCUCCGGCUCAGAAGCGGUGGAGGAUGCCCUCCCCGUCCUGCCUCCGAGCCUCAAGGGCGAGCUGGGAAACGUGCUGCUCCUGUUCUUCCUCUACGUGCUGCAGGGGAUUCCUCUGGGACUGGCGGGGAGUAUACCCCUAAUCAUGCAGAGCAAGAAGGUCAGCUACAAAGACCAGGCCUACUUCAGCCUGGUCUUCUGGCCCUUCAGCCUGAAGCUGCUGUGGGCGCCGCUGGUGGACGCCAUGUACGUGCAGAGGUUCGGACGCAGGAAGUCCUGGCUGGUCCCGACCCAGUACCUGCUGGGACUCUUCAUGCUGUACCUGUCGUCCACGGUGGAGUCGCUGCUGGAGGGGGACGGUCGGCACGGGCCGGACGUGUUCGCCAUCACGGCGCUGUUCUUCACGCUCUCCUUCCUGGCCGCCACGCAGGACAUCGCCGUGGACGGCUGGGCGCUCACCAUGCUGUCGCGGGAGAACGUGGGCUACGCCUCCACCUGCAACUCCGUGGGCCAGACGGCCGGCUACUUCCUGGGCAACGUGCUGUUCCUGGCGCUGGAGUCGCCCGACUUCUGCAACAAGUACCUGAGGCAGGAGCCCAGCGACGCCGGCAUCGUGACUCUCUCAGACUUCCUGUUCUUCUGGGCGGCCGUGUUCAUGGUGACCACCACGCUGGUGGCCGUGCUGAAGCGGGAGGACGGGCGGCCGCAGCGCGGGAGGGGCCAGCCGGAGGAGGCGCGGGGGGAGAGGAGGAGGAGCCAGGAGGAGACGCAGGGAGUCCGGGAGACGUACAGGCAGCUCCUCUCCAUCGUCAAGAUGCCCAGCGUUUUCACUUUCUGCUGCCUGCUCCUCACCGCCAAGGUGGGGUUCUCCGCGGCCGACGCGGUGACGGGCCUGAAGCUGGUGGAGGCGGGCGUGCCCAAGGAGCAGCUGGCCCUGCUGGCCGUGCCCAUGGUGCCGCUGCAGAUCCUGCUGCCCCUCGUCAUCAGCAAGUACACCGCCGGGCCCCGGCCCCUCGACGUCUUCUACAGGGCCUUCCCCUUCCGGUUGCUGAUGGGGCUGGUGUAUGCCCUGCUGGUGUGGUGGACCCCCAGUGUGAAGCAGGAAGGGGGGUUCCCUGUGUACUACUACGCCGUGGUGCUGCUCAUCUACGCCAUCCACCAGGUGGCGCUGUACAGUAUGUAUGUGGCCACAAUGGCCUUCCACGCCAAGGUCAGUGACCCCGUGAUCGGGGGGACCUACAUGACCCUGCUGAACACCGUCACCAACCUGGGGGGAAACUGGCCCUCCACCCUGGCCCUGUGGCUGGUGGACCCCCUCACCACCAUGGAGUGCCAGGGGCCCAACGCUGGAGGCUGCGGGUCACCAACAGAGGCAGAGCGGUGCGUUCAGGAGGGCGGUGUGUGUGUCACCUCCCUGGAUGGGUACUACGUGGAGUCGGUGGUGUGUGUGGCCCUGGGGCUCUGCUGGUGGCUGUGGCUGGGGAAGAAAAUGAGGGGCCUGCAGGACCAGAGCCCGUCUGCCUGGAAGUGCCGCAAGACCCAGUGACCCCUGACCCCUGUCACCUCUCACCUUCCCCGCUGUUCCUAAAACUCUCUCUCCCUCGCCAUCUUCUCCUCCAUUGCCUCCCCUCCAUCCCACUCUCUCUUUCUUCAUCGCCUUCUUUCUCUCCCUCCCUCCCUCCCUCUCUUUCCUUUUCUUCACCCCUCCCUCCAUCCUCGGUGAAGCUGUAGCAGUGCUGCCGUGCGGAGUUGAUCUCUGAAGCAGGAUUGGCUAAACCGCUACCCGCUGCCUGGUUCUUUCCCAUCAUCCCUUGCUGCUUCUGUCUCUCGUUACAGACCGCACGACAGAAAACACCCCUACGGUACUCCCGCUGAACUCCACUGCACUAAGUGCAUACUCUCUGUAUCAGUACUGACACUCAGCAAAGACUCCCUUCAGUAGACACAGAGAGAGGGUCUUGCCUGGACUUGUCUGCCCAAUAGGCUCUCCCCACUCACCACACACACUCUCUCCCCACAGUACAGCUAGUCUCGAAACAGACUCUUAGCACAAACCGAACCACUCAGCGCAUACUCUUACUCUUAGUGCAGACACUUUCAGAACAGACUCUCUACUCUGCAAAAAAACAAAACACCUGUCUUAAGUGUUUUAGUCCUGCAUUGAGACUUAAAAUCUUUUCUUUUUUUUCUUUCAUGUAGAAAAUAUUUUCUUGUUUGAAGUUACUUGUUUUAAAUUAGUUUGCUUGAAAAAUUUUGUUAUACCAUUGGCAAAUCUUGAAAUGAGUCAAACUGGCUCACCCCAUUGGUCUUGGUAAUAUUUAAAAAAGUAAUAGAGGUAAGAAAUUAAGGCUAAAUUUAAGACUUUUUUUUUGACAGGCAGGUCCUUUACGCAAACACUCUUUACUUUCACCGUUUUAUUUCUGUUGAGUGGACAGCAUUGCCCACACGCCACAGGUGAAGUACCGGAUGAGUAAUGUCCUUAUCCAGUGACGCGGUGCAGGCAGUUUAAUCAGUGUUACACAUGUGUCUAUAAGGAACGCAAUCUAUCUGCUGUCAGUACUGCGACACUAAAGAAGUCUUAAUUAUUCACAAAGAAAAUUGCCAUGGUUUACGCGGUUGAUCAGUAGUCUUGCAGAAGGUCUAAUCGUAACUGUUACCGUGCUGUGUAAUUUAUGGAAAUCAUGCUGUUGUAUGGGUAUUGCAGUAUUGCUUAAUUGUACUGGAAGCUGAAGAAUGCCCUGGAAGAAACUUGACAACCCACAUCUUUGUCCGGCGUGGGACCUAGACAGUCCUGUUUGUGAGGGGACUUCUAUUCCAUAGAGACAUUCGGUCAUUGCAUUUUAAUUGAUGGAAUGGAAACUAUUAUAAAGAUGGCCAUCAUCCAUCCGAUAUUUAAAUGGAAUAAUCCAAAAACAGUUGUGGGCUAGCCGGGUUUUCCCUGGCCAUUCCAAAGGAAACGUAAUCGACUUGGCUGAUGUUUUCCAGCGCCUUAAUUUUUUUUUUUUUUUUUUUUUUUUUUUUUUUACGUUUUCAAUUUUGAUUUUAAGUGAUUGUACUUUCGUAGGACGUAUUUAAGCUUUUCAGUUUGAUGUAGCGUUUUAAAUUGAUUUGGUGAAGUGUAUGCCACUGCUAUAUAUAUGAUCUGAAAGGGAAACGCUGUCUUAAGCGUCUUCAAAUGCAGCUUGUGAUUAUUUGUGUCUAAUUUCUGUCAGUUUUGUCCAUCGUUUAAUUAUACUCUUAAUUUUUUAAUGCAAAAACGUAUCUGUUGCUAUUAUUUGAAUUAUUUUUAUUCAAUUCGUUCUGAAGCAGGCGUGACAAACUGUGCUUUUUCCAUUUCCUUUACUAUUGUACCAUAUCGGUAAAAAUAUUUACUGGUGCCCAAAAUUAUUCCCCUAAAGCAAAACUUUGGAUUAUGAACUGGAACACUGUCUUUUGUUGUUUCACUUAUCACUGCAAGAAUGCUGAAAAUAUGGCGAUUGACUGGUUAUGCAAAGAAAAGUUCUGUGUACACAAUAGUCCUCGCUGAUCUGGGAUGCACACCCCUGUUUUAUAGGAAUACGAAUCUGAAAACCAGUGACUUGAAUCCCGAAGUGUUUUGCCUUAUUUGUUAUACAGUAGGCUACAUGGUUCUUAUAUUGGUGUGGCGUGGUGGUCAGGGGGACCGAAUAGAGGUGUGCGCAUUCAUACUGUUAACGGGUGGAAAUUUCCACUUGGAUUUCACAUCAAAGCCAUCCUGAACCGAACCAACAGUACUUCAUACACUUUGUGUGUCCAGCAAACAUUCUGAUACAGGGUUUCGAGCCCUGAUUCUGAAGGGCUGAUGGGGUUUCUUUGCAAAUUAAUAAGUUAACAGAUAAGUGAAAACUACUGAUUCCAUAGCAUGGUUUGCUGGGUCUUAAAUGGUUGCUGAUUUAAAAUUGAAAACAAAACCCAGCAUACACUCUGGCUCCCCAGGACCAGGGUUGGUGACUCAAAAGCAGAUUAGUAUCAUGGGCAGAAGUUUACAUUUAGAUUUGAACCCUGCUGUAAAAUCCAGCUACGUAUACCAGCUUGACCAUCUUGAAAAUUGAGCAGGUGAAGCCGGUCAUAAACUGGUCUAGCUGGGUCUGAGCUGGGCAACCAGCUAGUGCUGGUAGCUUGUCUGCUGUUUCAAAACCUAGAUUGAGCUGUUUUUUUCAGCGGGUCAUUUUUCUUUAAGGACAACAGCACCGUUGGCCCUGUUUGUGUGCCAUUCGCGCCAUGACUCCCUGCUCCAAGGAUCGCGUUUCAGCCGCCAUUUGAAGAUUUGAAAUGUUGAAACCGGGCGCGAGGAAAGCGCAGUCAGAUGAGCUUUCCCUACGGCGUAAACGGCAGCCGUUACCAGGGCAACAGUACCGCGACUGAUCUGUACAUGUUCUGUAUAUCGUUCAAUAUUAUGAACCAGCUCCGAAGAACUAUGCUAUUUUCAAAGAUGUACAGUAAAAAAAAAAGAAGAAAAGAAAGAAAACUAUUUAAUCAUGGACGGUAUUUAAUGAAUAAAAUACAUAUAUUUCAUCUUUA